UCAAUGCGAGCUCUCUACUCCUAUUUGAGAAAAAAGAAAAAAGCUGUGGGCUAAUAAGUCCUGAAAGUUAAUUUCGGGCUAAGUGCUAAUUUCCUGUAGCUUUGAGGGGGCAAAUCAGCAUAUGAACCUGCCGUUCUACACUUUUUGACUGGCAGCAGCAGAAAAAUGGUGCCUUAGCUUCGCAAUGCACACAACUGAUCGAGUUUGAAGCUAUUGCAAGAAUAGCAGUGAUGGCAAAUGCAGAGCAAGAGAAGGAGACCCCGAAGAAGAUCAGGCCGAGACCAAUCGUGCGUCUCGGGAUCUUCCUCAUUUCUCACAGCCUCUUCUUUAGUGUAAUCUGUUGUAUCGCUGGAGUUUUAGCUCUCUUGUUACUUCCAGUUCUCGCCAAGAACACUUACAUUUCCGAAAAUGCCCUCAUGCCUGGUUCUGCAAGUUCCAUGCUUUCAAAUCAUGACAUUCUACAAGCAAAUAAAUUGGUGGAGGACUUAUAUAGCUGCAAUUUGGGACCUGAAGACAAAGGCAUAGAAGGACGAGGGGUACUAGCGAGAUAUAUGUUAGACAUGGGUGCUGAAGUUAGUUACCAUAAGUUCCAUCCGCAGCUGAAUCAAUUCCAUCCACUUCAUUUCUUUUCCAAUCCUGAUUCUGGGAUAAUGAGAGAGAACUUUAGCUGCUCACCAUAUGGUAUCAACACUGUUGGAAUAAUAAGAGCACCUCGUGGUGACGGUAAGGAAGCUAUCGUGUUGGUGACACCUUACAAUUUUGGAAAGAGCGAUCCCAGUGAAGCAUUAUCUUUGGGUAUUGCAUACUCAGUAUUUUCUUUGCUCAGCAGAGUUACAUGGUUGGCCAAGGAUAUUAUUUGGCUUGUUGCUGAUUCACAGUAUGGUGAAUAUGUCCCUGUUGCUGCUUGGCUGAGAGAUUAUCACACACCAGCAUUUACUGGUUUGGCUUCUGUAAAUGCUGAUGCAUGUCUCAGAGGUAGUAAUCUUUAUGUAUUGGAAGAAAAUUAUGUUGCACAAAGAAAGAUAUAUGAUGGUUUUAGACGUGCUGGGACCAUGGCUGCCGCCUUGGUUGUUAAGGUUACAGAUAGAAAUGAACUGUGGGAUGAUACUCUUAGUAUCUAUCCUGAGGCAUCGAAUGGGCAGAUGCCAAACCUAGACCUCAUUAAUGUUGUGAAUUAUUUAGCUGUUCAUAGGCAAGGUUUGCAUGUAAAGGUUCAGAAAUUGUGGUCUCAACUUAAUCUAAAAUGGCUUGAAAUUUUGGGAAAAGUAUUUGAAUUUAUAGGAAAAGAGGCCAGAAGUUUGAAUCCCAACUGGAAGUUUGGCAUUCCAGCUGCGGAUUAUAUUGAAGGUGCUGUUACCCUUGCAAGUUCAUUGUAUCACCAGGCACUGGGCAUUCCCACAGGUCCCCAUGGUGCCUUCCGUGAUUUCCAAGUCGAUGCAAUUACUUUGGAGAUUUCACCCAAAGUUUCUUCUAAUAAUAAAGCCAGACGGAAUGAGUUUAUUCUGCGAGGUGGCAGGUUGAUUGAAGGAGUUAUAAGAUCAGUAAAUAAUCUCCUUGAGAAGUUUCACCAGUCAUUUUUCCUGUAUCUAUUAACAUCUCCUAGCAAGUUUGUUUCGGUUGGAGUGUAUAUGAUCGCUUUUGCCCUCCUUGUAGCUCCACUUCCCUUGGUUGCUGCUUCCCUUUAUGCUGAUGCUAAUAAAUUGGAUCUUGGCUUGAAAGAUGGAAAAUCUACUUGUAAAGUCACUGAAUCAAAUAAGACAGACAUCACUAAAUCAAAUGAGACAGAAAUCAUGGAAUCAAAUGAGAGAAACAUCAAUGGAUCUAAUGUUACUUCUAAAGCCACUGAAUCAAAUGAGACAGAUGUCACUGACUCGAAUGAGAAAGACAUUACUGAAUUGAAGAAAGACAUCACAUUCAGGCCAUGGAAAUGGGUCAAUGCAGCAAAAGAAGUGUUUUUCUUUCAUAUAUGGGGUACAGUAGUUGCUUUGCUGCCAUAUUACAUUUGUCAAAUACCAGAUUGGAGCCCAACAGCCAGUUCUAUCAGCUGGAUAUUGCUUUCUAUGCUUAGCCUCCUAAUCUUGUACCUGAUCUUGGGUUCACCAUUUUUGCAUUACUACGUAUCUGAAUGUCAGCAAGGCCAAUGGGCUAUUUUAAAAUCAGUGACCAUAUCAGCUGUAUUCAUUGGUUUACUGCUCAUGUCAGUGGUUAAUUUUGCUACCGCAGAAAUUGGGGCAUUAAUAAUAGUGCCUACUUGUUUGAUGGCUCAUCCAUUGAAGCUUGACAUUAGAACUAAAAGUCUGGGGAGUUUCUUGAGGCUUGUUUGUAAUCUGAUUUUGGGUUUUAUUGCACUUCCACCAGUUGCAUUUUUCCUGUCAAAAGGUAUAAUUGAAGGUAACGACAGCAUUAAUGUUGGCGACUUCUGGAGCUGGGUGGAGUCCCUUUGGGCAUGGAACAGUGCAACUUACAUCUAUGUAGGUAUGGUCCACUUGCCAUGUUGGGUUUUAUGCAUACACAUUUUAUUUCAUUCUUGUUGACACGUCUCUCAGUUUUCUUUGUUGUACUACUUGUGAGCUAAACAUGCGAAUCAGUAGAUCGAAGUAAAUUUUCUUUUGAA